AUGCCACUUGAAGACAAAGACAAGAGACUGACGCAAGCCCACGGCUCCACGUGGCGUGCAUUUGUGGCCGAAUGUGAGCCGGUCAAAGGCGUCGAUGGGAGACGAAACGAAGCCUCUUCGGGUUGGGAGGACAUACCGACAAACAGACAGUCUUGCCAACAACGCGACGUCAACUCAAGCCAAAUGGGACAGUCGGCCUUUCACGUGGCUAAGGCUUAA